AUGAUUAAGCAACAGACCAUUAACGAAGAUAAAUCAAAGGUAGAGCAAUUUCCUUUGAACUCGUCAUUUGAUAAUAAUAGUUCACUUGUCUCGAACGUUAUUGAAAUACAAGAAAUGCACGUUCAAAAACCCAAAAUUUCUCGUGAAACCUUGCUACCGAAAAUUGCAAAAAAUGGUAAACCAAUAUUCCUUAGUAACAUUCUCUCUUUAAAAGAAAAUAAGGAGAAACAAGUUAAAGAUGAACCAGCUAACCCCGAAUCUAAAGAUAUCUAA